GCGAGGCGGAAGCGCGGUCUCCUCGGCGCAGGGUCGGGGCGGGCUGAGGGAGGCCGGGCCGGGAUGGCGGCGGCGGCCGGGGCCGGGACCUGGGCUGCUCAGGAGAAGCAGUUCCCGCCGGCCCUGCUGAGCUUCUUCAUCUACAACCCGCGCUUCGGGCCCCGCGAGGGAGAGGAGGAAAAUAAGAUCUUGUUCUAUCACCCAAAUGAAGUGGAAAAGAAUGAGAAGAUCAGGAACGUUGGGCUGUGUGAGGCCAUUGUGCAGUUCACGAGAACCUUUAGUCCUACAAAGCCGGCAAAGUCGUUACACACGCAGAAGAACAGGCAGUUUUUCCAUGAGCCGGAGGAGAACUUCUGGAUGGUCAUGGUUGUUCGGAAUCCUAUCAUUGAGAAGCAGAGUAAAGAUGGAAAGCCUGUUGUGGAGUACCAGGAGGAGGAGUUGUUGGACAAGGUGUACAGUUCAGUGCUACAGCAGUGCUACAGCAUGUACAAGCUCUUCAAUGGGACGUUUCGAAAAGCCAUGGAAGAUGGUGGUGUGAAGCUCCUGAAGGAGAGGCUGGAGAAGUUCUUUCAUCGGUAUUUGCAAACACUGCACUUACAGUCAUGUGACCUGCUGGACGUGUUCGGUGGCAUCAGCUUCUUCCCGUUGGAUAAAAUGACUUACUUGAAAAUCCAGUCCUUCAUCAACAGAAUGGAAGAAAGCCUGAAUAUAGUCAAGUACACCGCGUUCCUCUAUAACGACCAGCUCAUCUGGAGUGGACUAGAACAGGAUGACAUGAGAAUCCUGUACAAAUACCUCACCACCUCCCUGUUUCCCAGGCACAUGGAACCUGAGUUGGCAGGAAGGGAUUCUCCGAUAAGGGCAGAAAUGCCAGGGAAUCUGCAACACUACGGAAGGUUUCUUACUGGACCCUUGAAUCUGAAUGACCCAGAAGCAAAAUGCAGAUUUCCCAAAAUUUUUGUCAACACAGACGAUACCUAUGAAGAGCUCCAUUUAAUUGUUUAUAAGGCCAUGAGUGCAGCCGUGUGCUUCAUGAUUGACGCCUCCACCCAGCUGACGGUGGACUUCUGCAGGAGGCUGGACAGCAUCGUGGGGCCCCAGCUCACAGUCCUGGCCUCCGAUGUCUGCGAGCAGUUUAACAUCAACAAGAGAAUAUCCGGGUCUGAGAAGGAGCCCCAGUUCAAGUUCAUCUACUUCAACCACAUGAACCUGGCCGAGAAGAGCACCAUCCACAUGCGCAAGACCCCCAGCGUGUCCCUCACGUCCGUGCCGCCCGACCUCAUGAAGAUCCUUGGGGACAUCAACAGUGACUUCACGAGAGUGGAUGAGGAUGAAGAGAUCAUCGUGAAAGCCAUGAGCGACUACUGGGUGGUCGGCAAGAAGUCGGACCAGCGGGAGCUCUAUGUUAUUUUGAGUCAGAAAAACGCAAACCUGAUUGAAGUCAAUGAAGAGGUGAAGAAGCUGUGUGCGACGCAGUUCAACAACAUCUUCUUCCUGGACUGACCCCGGGGCUCGGCCGCCUCCCG